CGUUAGAGGGAGAAACGAUUUUUGGUUGACGAUUUAAUGAUUUUCAUCAAUUUCAUGUUUAAGUAAUUGUAACGCCAUUAUUUAACGAUUGUGAACCUAUCGAAGAAUACUCGUAACAAUGGAUAAAAGAAAACUCUCCACCGCGGGCGAUAGCCUUUAUCUAAUACUGCAAGUCCCUAAAACUGCAACGGCCGACGAUGUCAAGAAAAGUUACCGCAAAUUAGCAUUAAAAUAUCAUCCAGACAAAAAUCCAAACAACCCGGAAGCUGCAGACAAGUUUAAGGAGGUAAAUCGCGCUCACACAAUUCUGAGUGACGCUACAAAACGAAACAUAUAUGAUAACUACGGCUCCCUCGGGUUAUACAUAGCUGAGCAAUUCGGAGAAGAAAACGUCAACGCCUAUUUCGUCGUUACGAGCACUUGGUGCAAAGUGCUUUUCACCGUAUGCGGCAUUUUAACUGGAUGCUACUUCUGUUGUUGUCUGUGCUGCUGCUGUAAUUGCUGCUGCGGCAAGUGCAAGCCACGUCCGCCCGAAGAAUCUGGUGAUUACCACACGCUGGAGCGUGAUGAUUCCGACGGUGUCCAGCCCGUGACGCUGCAGCCGGGUGGGGAAGGGCGCCCGGCCAAUAACCAGGCACCACCUAUCUCAAUGCCUGCGCCACAGCCCGCCGGCGCCUCCGAAAACACUGGCCUCAAUACAGGGAGCAGUAUUCCAAAAUACACAUGAAGUAUUAACAACUAAUCUAAAGUUAUUUGUAAGAGAAAUGAGGAACUGACUACUUAGUACCACCUUCAUGAAGCUUCUUACAGAUGUAAGCUAUAAAGUUAUUUUUUAUAGUUAUGUUACUUAUCUGUUUUAAUAUUUUUUUUUUUUUUAAACUGAUCAUUGUCUACUGAUUUUAUUACUGCUUAUCUGCAUAUUUUUUGAUGAAUUAUUUUCUUUUUUAACAUUUUUUUUGUGAUCUAUUAAGUCUGAUCACAAUUUUAUAAAAAAAUAUCUAGUUUAGUAUGAUGAAUCAGUAACGUUAUUAAAGUUUUACGAUAGUGUGAAUUAAGAUUUUGUUUUAACGAAUUAUUCUAAUUAUGUAUUUCGUGUUACCCACCCCACACCUUACCUUUAGGGUGUACAAAUCGGACGCCACAGUAAUAGCACGGUAUAUAAUGAAUAUAUACUAUAUUUACAUAUAUAAUAACUACCGUGCAGCAGCGCUAAAUGUCAAACUUCAUUAUUAACAUUUUUUUUAAAUCUCGCACCAGAUUCCCAGCUAUUAUUUGACUUUACCACGCUGCGUUACCGUGGCUUAUUAUAUUGGCUGAUUGUUAUGCAUCCUUAAUGUGGGGAACAAUACAUAAUGUUCAAAUCAACGAAGGAGUUAAUACGUUACUUUGAAUUUAAGUAGGUUUUUGAAUAUAACUAUAGUUAUGAAUUUUGUGAAGUCCAGUGCUUGUUCCUAGGUAUAUUAAAGCGAUUUAUUUAUUUUACUUUCUUACCAAUCCUUAGUGUAAAGCACUAAAAAAAUAUAUUAACCUUUCAGAUUAAAUUAACUUAGAAUUGGUUGGAACUACUGUUGUGAAAAAUAUAAAGUUAUAAAUUUUCGUGCGUUUAACCCAGAGUCAUGGGGGUGGAAAAGUGUUACACGGACGUAGGUGGUCUCACAGACCCGCUUGUUGGAUAUGAAUUAUACCAGUACUUUAUUAACAUAGAAAUUAAUAUUUGUUCCUAUUUAUCUUUUUAGCUAUUCACGUAAAUAAUUAAAAGAAAAUAUCAUGUUAUAUUAUGUUUUAAUUGUAACAUUAAAAAAAUUAUAAAAAAAAUUAUCUUACCUACUGCCUCUUCUCGACCCAUUUUUAACGACACACUAAAAUGUGUUAAAUUUUAUAUUGGCACUAAAACCAUAAACAAAAAUAGAAAAACUAGGUUCAGGUUUAAAGACAUUUUAUUCCCAUAAAAGACAAAAGUCACUCGCAUGAGAACUUAAUUCUUCUUCAUCACAAAGUACAUAUAAAAGCCUACAUACAUAGUAAAAAUCUAAAACCGUAUUGAUACAAAAUUACCCAAAUUUGUUACCAUAGCCGCAGAAUGGGUCUCACGUAACUUUUUAGACUACGCCUUUUAGACCAGUUCAGUGCGAUCGCUGUCCGACUUUUGUGUUACCUGUAAUGCUUAGACCGACCCAACCGCUCCAGCUACUGAGAAGAACGGCAAUGUUGCACGGACAGUAACUGAAUUACAAGCAAAAUAUGAUGUGCCGGAUCUCCCAUGACGCCGGGUUAAGUAAUUCAAAUGAAAGUUAAAUGCAUAUUAAACGUUCAAUCUAAUAAAUUUAACUAGCUAGAUUGUUAGGUAGACGUGUAAAAUUGAUAAAACGGAAUUUCCUGUUAUCCGCUUGAUAUAAUACUAUACGCUGGUUAUUCUUGCCAAGGUAUCUAUAAAAAAAUAUGUUUUACCUAUCUAUCGGUAAAUUCUUUGCUUUUUAUCAGAAAAUUGCGGAACGUUCUCUAUAUCUCACAAUGAUAUAUGUACAAAAUUUGUUCUUAUUAGCACAAUGUGGAAGUGUCUUUGUAAUCAUCGUAAUUUAUUGGAGUCCUAAAUUGUAUGUGUAGAGUAUCUAACAUGGUCAUAAGCUUUCGCAUUCUGUGUUUCAAAAAUUGGUCAGUGAAAAUGCCUGCAUUCCAUUAAAAUGUAUGUUUUCUAUAAGACUCAGUGGCUUGCAUCCAGGGUAUGCACUAAACGGGAAUAUUUUAUAAAAUGGGAAAAAAAUUCCAGUACGAGUUAUAAAAAACCUAAAUAUUGGUAUUGUACGACUUAUAAAAAGUCUACCCUUAAGUUUUUUAUAACUGGAACUGGGGAUUUUCUCCAUUUGAUAUCAUCUGACCGCUUAAUGUAUACUCUCACAUAAUAUAAGAGGACAAAAACAAAUUUAAAUAAAAUAAAAUCACAAUUAAUGACAAUUAAAGUAUUAAGCUUAAAUAAUUAAUUAAAGCUAAUUAUAGCUUUAGCCAUUACAAGAUUUGUUUUUUAGUUAGGUAUAUGUAUCAAAGCAUACUAAAAUGAUAAAAAGUAGAAAACCCUACCUAAUCCUCGCGUAAUAUAAUAUGUAUGAUAUUACCAUUAAAUAAUAUAUAAUAAGUGUUACUAUUUAUAGAUAGCAAUUUCGUCAAUUUAAUUAAAAG